AUGAUCAAUUCUUCAUAUAAUUCAUCUCAUCAAGCAAAAAAAAUGGAAGUGAGAGGAGUUUCAGGUCUCGAAUGUCUUCAGCUAUUUGCCAGAUGCUAUCUCCAAAUGGGUAUUGUUGUUCAUGACAGUAAGGAUGUUCAAACAAUAAUAGCAAGAAUCCAAAAGCGCUGCAUGGGAUUGAGAAUCAAAUUUGAAGAUAACAAACUAACGUCAGGAUUAGAAAAUCCAACAUUAAUCGAAAUACCAAGCUCUGUCAAGACAAUUGCUGAAGCGACAACUUGGAUGAAAGAAAACGCUUCUUUUGAAUUAGAAAAAUCUUUAGGAAUUAUCGGUACAAUAGCUAACUUUAUAGUUCUGCAGUUAAACCAUGCAAUGGGAGAUUUCAGGUUCGGCAUAGAACUCGCUAAUGAUAUUUCACAGCAUGAAUCAGUUGAAUUUUCUCAAUUAGAAGGAAUUCCUAUCAAUCCAACACAAUAUUUCGAACAAGAAAUACUCACACAUAAAUCAGCGAAGUAUUACUGUGCUAAUAACCCUAAUAUUUCGAGAUUAAUAACUACAUCAACUGCAACUGAGCCAUCUCGCUUUACAAUACCAUUAAAGUUCCGAAUUCCUAUAGAAAACAUAAAAUACUGCGAUGUUACAGACCUUUCUGAUGAAAAACUCUUCGAAACUCAGCUUGCCGGUUUAAUUAUUUCAAUUGCCGCAAUAAACCCAUCACAAAACCAAUAUUCUAUGGGAUGUUCGAUUCCUAUUAAUACAAGAACUGUUCCAAAUGCAAACAAAGCAUAUACAGAACAGUAUUUCAAGAAAUAUUUAACAGAUGACGAAAAAAGGAACGAAGCAUACAGAAAAUUCGCAUAUGCAUACUUCUUAGCUUAUAUUGAUGCAUUUACAAAGGCCCAACCCAAUGAAAAACUUUGUGAUGUUACAAAAAGAAUAAUUCAAAGCUUUAACAAAGCAAAAGAUGCUGGAGAACACUUCCAAUACUAUUCACUCAUGAAUAAACUACUUGUUGAAUCAUUUGAACAAGGAGAAUUGCCUCCAGGAUCAGGAAUUGAAUUAUAUUAUAAUGGAGUCAUCAAAUCCAGCGAUAUCAUUGAUGACAUAACAUUGGAUACUGUUGUUGAUGGUUGCUUGUCUUGCAAAUGGCUUUCUCUCAUUUCUUAUUGCUUAAUAACUCCAUCAAAGUCGGAAUUAUGCGGAACAUACUAUUACAUGCUUGGAGAUUCAACAGAACAAGAGGCUGCUAAGUUUGUAAAGGGAUUUGAACUCUGUUUGACGAAAUUAACUCCAAAUAAUUCGAUUUCGGAAGCAAUUGAAUUUGUAAGAAGUAAUCUUUAA